AUAAAGUCAGGCCGACCAUCAAACCUCUUCAUCCACCCUCAUACAAACAAAGCAGCCGGACUCGCAAAAAGCAGACUCCUUCUUUACUCAUAGUCUCUCUCUCUCUCUCAAUGGAAGCUAAUCCGACCGCAACCUCCGGCACCUCCGUCGACCUGUACGGUCUCUCCGGCACCAAAUAUCUCCCCGAACCCGACGUCGACAUCCUCACCUGCGACGCCAUCCGCAUCCCGGUGCACUCUUGCAUCCUGGCCUCAGUGUCGCCGGUGCUGGAGAACAUAAUCGACCGGCCUCGUAAGCACCGGAGCUCGGAGCGGGUCAUUCCGAUUCUCGGCGUUCCGUACGACGCCGUAUUGGCCUUCGUCCGCUUUCUCUACUCCUCCAGGUGCACAGAAGAGAACAUGGAGAAGUACGGGAUCCAUCUGCUGGCGCUGUCCCACGUGUACUUGGUCCCGCAGCUGAAGAACAGAUGCACGAAGGAGCUUGGUCAACGUUUGACCAUCGAAAACGUGGUGGACGUGCUGCAACUGGCGAAGAUGUGCGAUGCAGCGGAUCUCUACCUCAAAUGCAUGAAGUUGGUCGCUAAUCACUUCAAGGUUGUUGAGACAACUGAAGGAUGGAAAUUCUUGCAAGCUCACGACCCUUGGCUCGAACUCCACAUCAUGCAAUUCAUCGACGAAAUUGAAUCGAGGAAGAAGAGGACAAGGAGGCAUAGAGAGGAGCAGAGGUUGUAUCUCCAGCUGAGUGAGGCAAUGGAGUGCUUGGAGCACAUAUGCAAGGAAGGUUGCACUAGUGUUGGGCCCUACGACAUGGAGCCAGGUUACAAGAAGGGCCCAUGCAGCAAGUUCUCCACGUGUCAAGGCCUCCAGAUGUUGAUCCAGCACUUUGCCACGUGUAAGAGGAGGGUGAAUGGAGGGUGCUUACGUUGCAAGCGCAUGUGGCAGCUUCUUAAGCUUCACUCUUCAAUGUGCGAAGAACCUGAUUCUUGCAGAGUCCCUCUUUGCAGGCAAUUCAAGUUGAAAAUGCAGCAAGAGAAGAAGACGGACGAUGCCAGGUGGAAACUGCUUGUGAAGAAGGUGAUGUCGGCCAAAACCUUAUCUUCCCUGUCUCUGCCAAAGAGGAAGAGGGAGGAAGAAUUAGGAGAAGGAAGAAGCACUUCUACUAUUACUGCUCAUGGAAUUAGAAGCUUCAGAUUGUGAUUAAUUAGUCGUUAAUUAAUUAUUAUAUUUAAGUUGGUAGAAAAUGGGGUUUAACAUUUAUUUAUUAUGUUUAGUUACCAAUAUUGGGGAAGUAUUAUCAUGUCCAAUUUGGUUCCAUCAUUUAUAUGUAGUAAUUUUUUUGACAAUAAAUUUCCACUUGUUUUGGUUACAUUUAUCUCAUCUUUAAUAUUAUGAUAAAUUCGUAAA